GCUAUGGCUUUCAGUGGCACUCAGGACAAGUGCAAGGCCUGUGAGAGGACUGUCCACUUCGUCGACCUCUUGUCUGCUGAUGGAGUCAUCUAUCACAAGGCCUGCUUCCGAUGUAGCCACUGCAAUGGAACUCUCUCGAUGUUCAAUUACUCUUCCAUGGACGGUAUUCUUUAUUGCAAGCCUCACUUUGAGCAGCUGUUCAAGGAGACAGGCACCUUCACCAAGAAGUUUCCAACAGGAACAAAGUCCGGAGAGAGGACAGCCAGCAAGUUGUCAUAUAUGUUCUCCGGAACCCAAGAUAAAUGUGCCACCUGUAAGAAGACAGCCUAUCCCUUGGAGACGUUGACGAUGGAAGGGGAGAUAUACCACAAGACGUGUUUCAAAUGUUCUGUGGGAGGAUGCACGCUGACACCGUCGUCCUACGCCGCCCUCAACGGCAUCCUCUACUGCAAGCACCACUUUGCGCGUCUGUUCAUGGAGAAGGGAAGCUACAGCCAUGUCAUCCAGGCUGCCAUAUUGAAGCAGACAGCUGCCGUAGAGCAGUAG